UCAAAUUUUCAAAAAAAGUUUAAAUUAAAAAAAAUAAAAAUAAAACCAAACCAAAAUAAAAUGUUUUCUUUUAAUUUCCCAUCAAAUAACAGUGAAGAUGAUUAUUUUUCAAAUAUAAAUUAUAUGAAAAACAUCGAAUGCAUAAUACCAAGCUGUGAACUUUCAUUAAAUGUUCGAUGCAAUGGAAUAUCAACUAAAAAACCAUUUUUUGUUUAUGCUGAAAAAAUUGAUUUCAAAGGAUUAAUUCAAUUAAGAUUGGCUGAAAAAGCCGACCAUCGAAAAAUGUACAUCUCCACUGUGGACACAAAUUCCUUCAAUGAGCUGAAACAAGAUCAAUCUUUACAUGUUUCAUUUUCAGGAUUUGUAGAGAAUUUAAUUAAGAUCCUACAAGACUGUCAGCGUGGUCAAUUGGAAGUGGACUUGAUUCAAAAUAGAGAACACGCAAUGACCUUGCAAUUUUAUGAAAUGCGUCCAUUUAAGAAUCUUGUUCAUUUGUGUUUGCCAAUUAAACCGGCUCCUCUCAAUGUUAUCCUCUUUUACAUGAACAAUGUUUUAUACAGUUUACAGAAAAAGAAUGCCUCAAUUGAAAGUAGCAUGCAAUGCAUGCAACACGAACUUAGUUCACACUUAAGUCGCAUGUCUCAACUUGAAGUUGAAAAUGCCAAGUUGAGAGAAUCUCUUCUUGAAAACAGUAAAGCCAUGACAAAUAAACAUCAGGAAGAGAUUCUGCGAAUGCAAGAAGCUUUAAAGAAAUCCUCUGAUCACCGACAUUCAGAUAACGAACGGCAUAUGAUGGCAAUGUCUGCUCUUCAAGCACAACUCGAUAAAGCUUUGCAAGACAAGGCAAAUAUAUAUUCAGAAAAGUGCCAAGAAUCAAAGAGAUGUGAACAUUUGCGAGAUGAAGUUGGAUCACUGAAAUCUGCAUUGUCAUCUGUUAAAGAUCAAAAUGAGAAACAUAUGGCUGAAAUGGCAGCUCUAAGAAAUGUCGAACGGAAAAAUGAAAUGCAUUUACUUGAUUCAAGAAAACACAUUCACGAGCUACAGGAUAAAAUUAAGAAAUUCGAUAAAGUCAAGUCUGAUUUAUUAGCUGAGCUAGAAGCAGAGAAGAAAAUAUGUCACACCAAGCGACAAGCCUUAGAGAUGGCCACCGAAGAAAUUUCAAAAGCCAACGAAAUAAUUGCCAAACAAGGAGUGGAAAUUGUAAAAAACAAGAAAACCAUAGCUGUGCGAACUGAAGUGGCAUUGCAGCAAGAAAAGGCUAUUAGAGAAAAAGAUAAGCAACUGAUUAUACAGAAUGAAAAAAUCCAAGGGUUGCAACGAGCAAUAGAAAGUCUGAGAAAAGACAUACCAAUGCAAUUGGAAUCAAUGAAGCAAUUUGCUGAUACAAUCGAGAAUAAAUAUAGUGAACAAAUUUCAUCUCUAAACCAGAAACUUUUGUCGGCGAGUAAAGACAGAUCAUCUGGAAGAAGGACAAUAAGAUAACAAGGUUCUACUGGGAGACUGAUAAUACCUACGAUAGGAUAGAAAUAUUUUUAUUUAAAUUUAAUUUUAUAUAAUUUAUUGUACAUUAAAAAACUUUAUACACAAUUAAGAAAAAUU